GUCGGAGGAGUCAAGAGGGAAGACUGCGGCGGCUGAGGAGAGGCAGAAAAUAAAAAGAGCCGUUGGUUGAGGGAGAAACUCGCGUAGGAGAAGCGGCAGCGGCUGCAGGAGGGCCUACGAUGGUGUCUCCGGCUGGCUCGAGGCGGAGGAAGCGGCUCGCCUUCCCGCUGGCCCUGCUGCUCGUGGCCCUGCUGUGCUCGCCUCAGGGCGCCGGCUGCCUGCCUCGGGGGCGGCCCCCGGGCGGGGGCAAGGGCAGGUCCCCCGGGCCCCCGGUCCUACUGGUGCCAGGAGAUUUGGGCAACCAGCUAGAAGCGAAGUUGGACAAACCUUCCGUGGUGCAUUAUGCUUGCAAAAAGAAGACGGACAGUUACUUCACGAUAUGGCUGAAUUUAGAAUUGCUGCUUCCUUAUUUUAUUGACUGCUGGGUAGAUAAUAUCAGGCUGGUGUACAAUCAAACUAGUGGAACCACUCGGUCACCAGAUGGGGUCGAUAUCAGAGUUCCUGGAUUUGGACAGACAUUUCCUUUGGAAUUCCUUGAUCCUAGUAAAAGAAGUGUUGGUACUUAUUUCUACACACUGGUGAAGACUCUGGUAAACUUGGGCUACCAACGGGAUGAAGAUAUUAGAGGUGCUCCCUACGAUUGGCGGAAGGCCCCAAAUGAGAAUGAAGACUACUUUGUGGCCGUCCGGAAACUGAUAGAGAUAAUGUAUGAAGAGCAUGGCGAGCCAGUGGUCUUAAUUGCCCACAGCAUGGGAAAUAUGUACAUUCUCUACUUCCUCAACCAUCAGCCUCAAGAUUGGAAAGACAAAUACAUAAGGGAUUUUGUAUCUCUGGGCGCUCCAUGGGGAGGAGUAUCUAAAACUCUUCGAGUACUUGCGUCAGGUGACAACAACCGGAUCUCCGUCAUCAGUUCCCUUAAGAUCAGAGACCAGCAGAGAUCAGCAGUUUCAACCAGCUGGUUGCUCCCUUACAACUAUACAUGGUCUCCAGAUAAGAUCUUUGUCAGCACGCCAUCUGCAAACUAUACUAUCCGGGAUUACCACAAGUUCUAUACUGACAUUGACUUUGAAGAUGGAUGGCAGAUGAGAGAGGAGACAGAAGCCUUGGUCUACAAGAUGACCCCUCCAGGGGUGCGCAUACAUUGUCUUUAUGGCACUGGGGUAGACACUCCUGACUCAUUCUUCUAUGACACCUUCCCAGACAAGGAGCCUAAGACCUUCUACGGAGAUGGUGAUGGAACAGUGAACUUGGAAAGUGCCUUGCAGUGUAAGAAGUGGGUGGGUCAGCAGAAACAGGAGGUGAUACUCUAUGAGCUGCCGAAAAGUGAGCACAUUGACAUGCUCUAUGAUCCCGUAACAAUUUCCUACGUAAAAAAGGUUCUCUUUGCCUCUUGACACAGUGCCCAACGCUCUUUUUCUCCGUGACACUUGGAGGCCUUUUAAAGAUGGGGAGUGGAAGAUUUAGUGUUUUGGCCUCCUCUUUUUAAAGCCUGUUUAUUUGGCUUGUUGGAAAUCUGUUUGAUGUCAAUUAAUGAUCACUUUUCUCUUGAUUAGUGCUCGUAACGCACCAUGGUGUCCUACAUACAAACGGCUCCUUCCAGCUGCAUAUAGCCAUCUCUAGUAGAAUACCUGGUGUCCCAUCUGCGUGAAGAAUGUGUUGUGCUUAUUCUCUGGGAUGUAGGGAAGUCAUUCUCUUUCCAUGCUUAUUGAGCUGUAACAUAAAGGAGAAAACAUGAGGACUUGACUGUUCUGAGGGGUCAGAAAUACCCGAUCAUUGUUCCCAUUAGAGAAGUAGGCAUUGAGUGAAGUCCCAGCAGCAGCUGUUACAGACACAUGGAUUUAAUAUUACAUUGGGCUGGUGACAUCCAGCCAGACAUGUAUGUCUCUUGGAGAAGAUACAGUAUGUCUUGGAGUUCCUGAUAACAUCUUCUAGCAGAACCUGCCAGUUUGGUCCUGGCCAGAGUGAGGUGGCUGUGAAAAUACUGAAGACAGCAAGAUUUUCAGUACUGUGACAUGUGCAUUUCUACUUGGCUGUAAUGCUAAAUGUUGACAGGCUAGGCAUUAAUGACCUUCUUAAGGUGGGGAUCUCUAUGUACCAUUGAGAGCAGUUGCGGCUACUUGAAUACUUGAAAAGCCUUGCUUUUGUUCCAAGGCCAGUUUCAGGUGAAGCGCUGGUUUAGCCAGAUGCAUCCGACCUGUGAUCUGGAGUGGUAAUUAUGCUAAUUAGAUGGCUUGUAACUGGCACACCCUGGGGGGAGGGGGAUAAUAAGCCAUCGUGGCUUAUUUUCCCUCCCUGAUUGAUCAGGACUGUUUCAGAAUUGCACAGCCCAACCACCCUGGUCCGGUUCAUGUGUAACAAUAAGCCAUGGCAGGCAGUUUAAAAAUGGCUGCUAGUACUGCAACAACAACUCCCACUGGGAAAUUAGCCCAUGGUGGCUUGUUACAUGCAAAACAGGCCUGUGUUGGGAUGCUUCUAACAUUGUAUGUCUUUGAGACUUGUGCCAAAUGCCCCAGUUUAAAUGUCAGACUGAUCUGGAGGUCUUAGCUUCAUUCUGAGUUAGGAGCCUAGAGCCCUCAGCAAGCACCUGUGCAGCGCAACAGAUGUGGGCACAUCUGGCUUGUUCUACUCCACUGUUCCUGAGUGGAAGUGGAAUCUGCAAGAGCUGGCAGUCUGAAAGUACACAUUUCCUGUUACCAGUCCUGUGUUAAGUUCUAAAUAUUUUUUCAUGUAGAGCUUUUAAACAAUCCAGAUUAUAACUUUGAGUAUUGUUACAUUGCAGUAGCUUUUUGCAUUAAUACUGGUCGGUCAAGAAACAAGUGGCUUUUUCUCCAGUUUAAAGUGCUUACUGUGAUAUGGAAUGUAUAAUCAUGUUUUCAGUAAUGCCAGUAACAAACUUAAACAAGGCCAUUGAUAAACACCGUGGGUCUGGUAAUAACAGAAAUCCCUGAUGGCCUCUACCAAACACCCUUCCACAUCUUGCUCCUUGAAAUUGUCUCCUCAGGCCUUGUCUUUGAAUUGUCAGCUUAAAUCAACUUCCCUUUGUGUAGUUGCAAGUAUAAUUUUGUCUAGGUCUUGUUGCAAAUGCAGCCUGCUAAACUGGCCGUAAUUAUAGCUCUAAUGUUGGCCAUGAAUCUGGUUUCACCUUAUCUACUGAGAUAUUCUCUAUUCUGCCCUUACUUGCCUUACAGCCACAAGGUGCCAUUAUGUUUGUUGCCAUGUGGUUGUCUGGAGCAGCCAUUCUCUUUUCAGAGGGUGAAACGGGGGGUUCCUUUUACAUGCAGAGCUUGUUCUUGGCUUUGCACAUCUAUUUCGUGUACUUAAUCCAAUUUCAUAGUGCUACUGAAAUUCUAAUCUGUCCAGGUCUUCCAUUUCAUACCCCCUCCCUGUUGAUUCUAAGUCAGUGACAGUUUUCUUGUCGGUGCUUAUGCCGGCUAGCUGCCAUCAAAUUAACUAUGACCAGAUUAGCAGCAGUAGGUGUUUCUUAUUGGUUCUGCUGGAGACAUGACUGUUUUGCUCCGCCUUUUAAUUUUGGUUUAGUAUCAUGUAGGGACUUGUAUUAUCCCAUAAUAAUGAAUGCAAAGAUGUUUGGUUAUGUUUUGUCAUUUGCUGUGGACAUUCAGACUCCAGAUCCUUGCUGUAUGCAACAAAUUGGGACAAGUGGGAGCCGUUUUCACCUGCCACUGAAUCUUGUGAAUGAUGCUGGUCCACCAACCUCACUGCCGUGUAAUAAAUCCGCUGGAUGCCUUGCAGCUUUUCCAAGCUCUCUGCAGAUCUUGGCCAGGAUCCCACAUAUUGUGCAACUAGUUUCCUGAAACUAGUUCUUCUCAAACAGCAGCUUCCCAGGGUCACAUGUAAGACUGCUUUUGAAACAGGUUAGUUUCAAAACAGUUUUAUAUAGUUUGGGAUCCAGCUGUCCAAAGUCAGAUUUCCACUAGGCAUACAUCAUUUUCUCUGGUGAUCCUAAAAUGUAUCUCUUUGGAGCCUGGUAGCUGCUGCUGACUUGGGAGAACCUACGAGGAAUUCAUGUGGCUUUUGAAACUCCCAGGUGCUAAAAAAUUGUCCAGUUUUCAUAUCCUUACAACUUUCUUCCCAGGUGUAUUUCAAAAACCAAAAUUCUAAUGGACCAAAUGUACUGUUUCUGGUGCAUCAUUGAGAAAGCGCUGGAUGGAACUCCAGUCUUUUUUGGGUAAUGCUAAUGCUGCUGCAAAGUUUCAGGGUCACUAUGUGAUUCUGCUAAGAAGGAUAGACUUCACCACUGAGCAAUAAGUGCAAAUGAGUUUGCAGGCCAAAGUCAAGAAUUCUUGCCAUUAAGCUAGUUUGUGAAGUACAUAGUAUUUGAGAUGUUCACAGGUUCAGGGACUGCACAAUUACUUUGCUGCUCUCUGCUUAACAGUAUUUUUGUAUAGAACGCGGCCUGGUAAGGCCUACUGGUUUUAUACACACUUUCCUCCUCUUUGUGUAUGAAUAUAAUGUUCAGAUUUUUGCAUAUUUGAUUGUCAUACUUUGAUAACAUAAUAAAGUUGAUCAACUACUA